UUGGUAAUUACAGGUUCAUUUGAUGUCACGUUCAUUAAAAAUACAAUCGAUGUAUCUGGAAACAUCUUGCUCGACUUAUUCAGAGGGCUCGGCGAAAAAGAAAGGAAAGGAUUUGUCAUGUUUUUGCGUAAGCUGAUUUCCAUCGAGGUUGAGUCUUUGUCUCGUUCCUUGUACACUCGCCUCCACGUCCGCAAGAGUGCUCUGACAACUACCGUGUACACUCUUCAUAACACUCUUGGAAAAAGCAAUCAGGAGGCACCUUGGUUCUGGUUGGCCACAUUACCUCUGUUUUCUGUGAUAGUAGGUGAAUAUAGCGAAGGAGGGAGAGCUCUGCAAGCAACCAAACUCAUGCGCCGGCUUUUGCGAGAGGUGCACGGCGAUGAGAAUAUUUUAGUUGAACUGUUUGCUGGAUGGAGAAUAUGCAUCGCAACUCUGCUCGGUAUUCAUGCUGAAUCUACAGAUCUUAUGAGAAGCCGUGAUUCUAUUGUGGAGGAGUGUAAGCGGUCGAUGAAGGAGAGCGAAUUUGCAGUUAAUAAUGUCGUCGUUGUGUUCGCUGUACUAGCUACAGAACUGGAAAGAAUGGGCUCUCAGCUGUCCAGUACAGAAGCGACUACCUCUUUUGAAACAGCUAUGCGACCGUGGGUGAUUUCUGUUCUCGAGUUCAUUUUUCCCCUUAUUCUGGACGGAUAUACACCAACAACUCAGCCAAUAGUACAGAUUGCUCUGAACAAGCGCUGCAUCAAACCGGCUUUAGCUCGCUGUGCUACUUGGACGAUUUGUUCGACAGCCUCCACUGAAGUCAAAAACUUCUUCAAGGAUGACGUUUUCAAUCGUGUUCUGGAUUGGCGAAUCGUCUCGAAGGAUGAUUCGAAAGGAAGGGUGUGUGAUUUCUUAUCCGGUGAAGAACCGGAUUCCUCAUGGUCUCUACCAAGAUCAGAGUUGUGGCAGUUAGCGGCAGCACUGGGAGCGAAUGAAAUUGUCACGAACAGUUUGAGUCUGUCGCUUCCCUUUGAACUGGACAUCGAGAAAACCAUUGAAGAAUCUGCAGCCGGGAGCGAUUCCACUGGGGAGCAGAUUACUGGACUUUUUGCCAAAAUUUCCAAUUUGCCUUUACGGAUUUUCCAAAAACAUGAAAAACGUCUCAGGAAGCUGUUCGAUCAACGUUCUAGAAAUGCUGGAGAACAAAUGAAGAGAGCGCUCUACGAAGGUUUCUCAAAGCUUGCAUCGGUUUCGUUGUUGACAGUGACUGUAGAUUUUCCGACUGAUUAUGCUCAUCUACCUGAAAACAGCAUUCUACGGGCAGUUGUUGCCCAAUUCAGGUAA